AUGGAUUCGUUGUUGAUUCAGGAGUUUGCAAACUUGCUGAAUGAAGAUGGAGUUAUGCUUUCGCUACUUUUGAUCGGCGUAUCAAAAGAACCGAUCGGAUUUGAGCGGAUGCGCAACAACUUUCGGAGACUGCUGAAACACUUUGCGAAUAACCUCAAGGCAGAUAUCCUCAGCGAAUCGCACCGAGACCUAAGGAGAUUUAUAAGCUCAUAUUCGGUCAUGAUCACCUGCGAGCUCUUUGCCAUGGCACCUAUUGACGAGCAACGAAAGAUCAAACCUACCGUUCUAGAGGCAGAACGUGGAAUUCCAUCCGCGGAAAAACGCCUAGCUCACCAGAGAAAAGUGGAAUCCUAUCUUCAAAGUCUACACAGUGGUGGCACUGCUCCUCAGACAAGCCAAGUAAUUGAAGUGCUCGUUCCUGAUGCUGAGGAAAGUGACCAAGAAUCCGUGGCAGAGGAAGCUGGCGAGGAUGAGCCUUAUGAGGGAUCUUUGCAAAACUUGGAUCAAAUGAAGCACUUCAUUCUGGAAAGCUCCGCCUACCAGAUCCUUCGUCGUCGGCUCAAGGAGUUUGUUCAACCCUCGCUGAACUGCCGGUUUCGGGAUCUAGUGACAAGGUGGUCAAAUCCAGGACAUAAGAACCAUGGCGAUGCUGCUCGGUAUAAACUGCGGAACCUUGUCACAGAUUUACAGGACGUGAGUCCCUUCGAGAUUCGAUUUGAACGUGACGAGAUAAGUUCUCGAUUUGUCAUGUUCAUCAGCCACUAUCAGCAUCUAAUUGAGCGCUGGACUGGAGAGCCUUGGGAUUGGUGGCCGUUACCCCGCUUUCCGAGACCACUGGCGGAAUCAGAGACACGGCUACGGUGGAAGUGUGUGAGUAUUCAAAUUAUGGACAGCCUUACACAAUAA